GAAGUUUAUUGGAAACAUCAAAUGUCAUUGUUAUCACUUGAAUUGUAGCUGGAAGUUGUAAUGAAAAUACAAGGUUAAUGUGAAAAAUUAGACUGAUACCUCUAUAAAACGAAGUGUUGUGAUCAAAUGUGAUUUAUAGUAUAACAUUGCAUCUAUCUAUAAUUAUAAUAUAGAUUAGAAGCGGUAAGCGUUUUAUAGAAAUGUCGCAAAUUAGUAGCCCAAUAGCAAAUGGUGAAAGAACCAGUAUUCAUGAUAUGUUAAAAGAUACGCCACCAAAUGAGAACAAAACAAAUACAUUGCCAUCAUCUUCAAGUAACUCUAAUUUACCUCGAUCUGCCCCAACGAGCUUAUCUACUGGUAGCAAUCCUCCAUCAAUACUCAAUUCUCCUAUAUCAAAUGAUGAUUCAACUUUGUUCAGAAACAAUUCAUCACGGAUAGAAAACCUGAAAAACUGGUCCAUAUCUACUUACAAAUGUACAAAACAGAUCAUGUUUGAAAAAUUAGGAAAAUCUUCUAGAACAGUUGAUGCAGAAUUGGAAAAUCGAAUAGAACAAUUGAAAGACACUCAGAAAAAAUAUAUUAAUAUUCUUCGAUUAACAAGAAUAUUAACUAACCAUUUUUAUCAUGUUGUGCAAACUCAGCAUGCCUUGGGUGAAGCAUUUUCUGAUCUUGCUCAGAAGUCCCCAGAGCUUCAAGAAGAAUUUUUAUAUAACUGUGAAACUCAAAGGAAUCUCACAAAAAAUGGUGAAACUCUCCUAGGUGCUCUCAAUUUUUUUAUAUCUUCAGUAAACACAUUAUGUAACAAAACUAUCGAAGAUACCCUUCAAAGUAUAAGACAAUAUGAAGCUUCAAGAAUUGAAUAUGAUGCUUAUCGCACAGAUUUAGAAUCUCUUUCCACUAAACCAGAUGGAACAAUAGGACUGGAAGAGGCUCAACAAAAUUAUGAAGUACAUAGACAACAGUUCAUGAAACUCAGAGCCGAAGUUACAAUUAAACUGAAAUUUUUGGAUGAGAAUAGAAUUAAAGUGAUGCACAAGCAGUUGCUACUUUUCCACAAUGCCAUCUCAGCAUAUUUUUCUGGAAACCAGCAAGCCUUGGAAGCGACAUUGAAACAGUUCAAUAUCAAAGUUAAGACUCCUAACUCGACAUUUCCUUCAUGGCUAGAACAGUAGAUUUAUUUUAAUAACAGAAACAAUAGGCGUAACCUCAGUCGUUUUGAAUAUUUCACUCAUAAUUAUUUAAUCAAAUUACUGACAAUGCUUUUUUACUAAAGAACCCUUUUGUAGGUAAAGUACAACAUAUAGAAAUUAUGUAAUAUUGAAAAACUUCAUUAUAUAAAAGACUGAGGUAUAGCUAGUGAAUGUGUAAGAAUAUGCAGAAUUUCAGACAAAUGCCAUUUUUGUCUAUCAAGCAGUGGACAUUGUACUUGCUAUAUACAUUGGAUUAAAGAAAGUUUAAGAGGAACACUUUUCUUAGACAAUUGUACAUCCUUUACUAUACUUUCAUAUGACUCUCUACUAGGUUUAAAUAUUUUCCUCACAAUAAUCAUUCUAAAUUAUAUAUACAAUAGUUAAUACAGGAAAUUUGAAAAUAAAAACUUUCGGAUUCAUUGAAUAAUGAAAAAAUCGUAGCAACAAUAUUUAAAUAAAAAUGUAUCUCAAACAACUGGGAUGCAUUUUUACUCUAUCACUUUUCCUUACUUGAUUAAUUUAUAUUUCACUUUGUAUACAAUUCAUUUUUUCAACAUUAUUAAAUAUGAAAUGCAGAUUUUUAACAAAAUUCAAUAUUUAAAUAGCAGCAUCAGUAAUAUCUAUAGGUUGAAAAAUGCUAUAGAAAGAAGUGCUUGUGUGAUCUACAAAAUUAUUAAUAAGCAAUAUUUUAUUAUUUUAUAUAUGUAUACAUACACUUCCUGGGCCAGUAUUCUUAAGUCACCCCUGUCACAAGCUAGCAAUUACCAAAAGGAGUGAUUUAAUUGGUAGCGAUAUGGAAUCUUUAUAUUCUCAUGUGCCCAUCUGCUAGCAAAUUUGUAACACGAGCGACUAGUUAUGGCAACACCGGAUAUAAGCAUAUUUUGUCAAAAUAGUUUCUAGUUCGGUACUUGUGCUGCCAAUUAAACGCAAAUAAUUCUAUUCUAAUCUACAACCAUUUUUUAUAGUAGCAGUUUUUGAGCUGUGAAAUAGAGCAACAUGAGUGCAGUCAAUUCAUCUAAUUAUCCCAGAUACAUGUCUAUUGAAUACCUCAAUAAUUUUGUGAAAGCAUAGACUCACUGAUGAUUGGGAGAGACCCAAACAAUAAUUAUUACCUACAUCUUGCUGGUAGUUGUUAGUACCAAAAAACUUCAAUGCUGCCAAUAACUAAAUGAAAUCAUUUCAUUUUUUAACAUUUAUAAAGCAUUAACAACUUUUAAUGGUAUAUCAAUAUUAUGUUAAAUACCUAGCAGCUACAUAUUGGUAAUAAGUUUAUAUAAAUUAAAACCAAAUAAAAUGUAAAACAGUUCUUCCUAUGGUAGUUUUUAUAUGUUCGGCCAGAUAUAUUCUUAUUGUGUCAAAACAUUUGAAAGUGUCUUUGGUUAGCCAAAAUAUUUUUUUAAAUUGGUCAUCACUGAAUUGUAUUGGUAGAGGGUCUCUUAAAACAAUUCAAUGGGGCUCUGCAACAAUUUCUUUAGCUUCUUUUAGUUCUUAGUCCAAUAUACAUUACUACAAUUCCUUAUGACUCCAAUUAUAAAUGAUUUAUAUACAAUUAUAACAUUAUUAGGAUACUGUUUCAUUAAAAUGAUAAAUUAGAAUUUUCUAUUUACAUGCGAAUGAGAGUGAAAUAAAGCUCUUCUCUUUGGGGAAAGCGUUCCUAUUGCGAGGAGAGGGCAAGAGAAUCGAAACAACAAUAAAUUUUGAUCCCCUUGCAUUCAAUGACAUCAAUAUCGCUCCAAGCGAGGACCCGAGAAUACCGGCCCUGAUGAAUUUAACCAUAAAACAAUUAAAUAUUGCUUUUAAUAUGAGCAAAAAAUUACUAUGAAGGUGGAAUUAAAAUAUAUAUAUAGAAAUAUAUUUUUUAACUUCAACUAAUAUUGUAGGAAAUACAUUGAUUUAACCAAAAAAUGACAAAAAGGAAUUUGGAACAAAAAUGUUAAUCGAAUUUCAUUUCUACUUUCAUUUUAUUGGAAACGAAUUCCAUAUUGCGAUCUAAAAGAUAGGUCUUGUAAAUUUUAUGGCGGAUUUAAUAAAGCCAUAAGAGACUAUCAAUUAUAUCCCAAAAAGAAUCUAUUACAUUGAGAUCGGAGCCGAUUUCAAUCUCUUGAGGUAAUUUUAAGCACAAAAACAAUUUUCUCGCAUUGAAAAUGAUAGAUACAGCUGGUUCUAAUACAUCAACAAUAUACUAAAGAGUAUGAAGACAAUUUCUUCACCAUGACCAUAUGGUACAGAACCUUUGUAUAUCAUUACCAAAUAGACAAAAUUUGGUUUCAUUUGAAAACAUUAAAUUAAACUACUAGUGGUUUUUCUACUCCAAGUAAAUUGUAGUUGAGGUAUUUGGUGUGCCUGGGGUUAACAGACCUCAAAUCGAACUCUUAGAUCCAUUUCAUAUUAUUUUUUUUUAUGAUAGCGCCUCAGAAUAUUAUUAAACAAAGUAAAUAUGAACGUUUUUUCUAAUCCUUGAAAUUGGUCUUGAUUUGCAUUAGUACUUACGAGAAGCCUUCUACAAUUACAAUAACAGCACACUCUUCUGUGGAAAAAUUGUGGUUUUGCCCAACAUUAGUAAAUUUAAAUGUCUUUCACAAUAGCAAAAAGUAUGUGUAUUCAUAGACUUUAAGUAGAAAUAUUGGACAGAAACAAAAUUAACCUUAAUUCCUUAAAUUCAUUGAAGCUUUAGUUAAAUAAAUUAUUUUUUUGAGAGUGUAUUUUAUGUAAAUUGCUUGUUAAUUUGUAAAUUUUGUAUUAUAAUGAGUUCAUACAGAACAUAUCCAACUGAAAUAUGGAAAUCAUUUGCUGUUUAACUUUCCCUUGUUACAAUGAAUGUAAUAUAAAAACUCAACAAGAAAAUUUGAAACCUACAUACUAGGGACCAUUCAAAUUUAUAGAACCAAAUUUAACCACAUAUUUUUGUUUGAUGAAAGUAAUUAUAGUUUUGAAAAGACUAUAUGUUUUAUUUAAACUUGUUGAGUUAGGACUUACGGCGAAUAGAACGAAAUAUGACUCUAUUUGUAAUUUAAUUUAAUGUAAGAAAAUAACAAACCCAAAAAUGUUUAAGCUAAAACUCGCCCACAAAGGUUGUUUUUAAACUCCGUAAUCAAAAAACAAAAUAAUAUUGAGCAACACGGAACGAGGAUUUUAGAUUAAAAUUAAUUUCUUAAAAAUAGGAAAGUACGACUUGGGAAUCAGACUGGCUUCAAAUAAAGAUAAUAAGUUUUUCUUUUUGUUUGCCUCAACCUUUGGCUUUUUAGGCCGGGAUCAGAACCAAAUUAAUCAUUUUUUCUUCCUCUUUUUUAUAAUCACCUCUUGGAAGUCUUCACUAUCAUAUGAGGUAUUCACUUGAAAAGAAAAAGGUUUUACCUUUUCGUAUCUUACAAUUUUUAUAUUUGAAAAUAAAACUUGUAUUCCUUUUAUGCUGAUCUGCGUCUGAAGAUCCUUUUUAUUAUAAAAACAGUGUGGAAUAUUGCACUACAUCUUUGAUUUUUUAUUUUUGUUCAUGGUUGAUACAGUAACUUAUUGUAAUAGUGACACUUAGCGCCUCACGCCGAAUCUGUUAGUACUAAUAACAUGGCACUAUUAAAUCCUGUAGACAUCCUUAAAGUACACAAUGUACGGAACAUGUCAAUUUUAAAUUUUUUUAGGCUAUGGCACUAUUGAAGUAGGAGUGCGAUAUUAUUAUAAAUAUUUGUAAAUAUGAAAGUAUUCUACAUAGUUAAAAAGUCCAAUUGUGGCAGUUUUCACUUUAAAUUGAUGAACCUCAAUCAAGUUUUACUAAGAAAUGCUAAUUAUUAAAUAUAAAAUUGCGAUCAUAAGCAUAAUGCCUUGUGAGAGUACCUAUUAAUAUACUGUGGUUAUAAUAAUGUGUGAGAAAUAUUAGAUCAUAAGUGGUUAAAUUCGUUCUACAAUUUUACAAAGAAAAAAUUGUUGCUCUGCUAUAUACAUUGAGUUUUUUGUGUUUCCUUUUAAGAAUAAGAUAUAUUUUUUUCUUGCCAAGAAUCACCAUACGAUGGUCUCCAAUACCUAAUACAAGGAUCAUCCAAUAGUAUCAAAUUAUUCCUUUCUUGUUAAUGUAUCCGCACUUUAGUUAAUCUUGUAUAAACAUGUGAUGACAUCUAUUUCGUUAACUUCAUUCUUCACAAUGUGUGUGCAAUUAUUUAUUAGCUGCCAUAAGGAAAAAGUUUUACUUUAAGAAAAUAAAAAAAGAAAUCCCACUCUCUUCAUUUUUAUUUGAAUCAAAUCAUAGCUUUUUUAUAAUUGAAACAAAUUUAGAGAUAGUGGACAUUUUUCAUUCUUAAAGUUUUAAAUAUGAACGUUAUGAAAAUAAGUAGUUAUGUAAAAUAUGUAUCUGUUAACACUUAGUAAAUUAAUAUACUGUUUUAGUUUCUUUCAAAAAACCUUUGGUUACGCCAUUGUAAAACCAUAUAAGCAUUAACUAUCUAGUCAUUAAACUUAACGUUAAUGUUUAAUAAUUUUAUGUUAAAAUAUUCACCAGCAAUGUAAAAUGUUUUUUAUAAUAUAUAAUUUGCAAUU